CCCCCAUCCUCACCCCUCCCCCUACGGGCCCAUCCUCGAUCGACACUGCCCCCUCGGCCGUCGGCUUUGACGUCGCGCGGCCAUAAUCAUCUAUUGUCUUACCCACAGCACAUCUACAUUGUCAAUCAACACACGUACCCAUGCCGUCCCCGCCUUCACACUUUGAUGCGGGGGCGCGGGCAUCGGCGUCAUCGGCAUCCUCGGGCGGCUCAUCGCGCUCCCCAUCGCGGCAACGCGGUGCAGCGCCCCUCCUCGCCCUUGCUCCCAUAGCCGCGGAACUUCACGAGCCAGAGGUGCUUGCACCCGAGCAAGAUCUCGACGUCAAGGACAUCUGGAACGUCAUCUCGCGCGCGUCCGACAUUGUCAAGGAUGGGUCGCGCCUUGAAAACUUGGCUUGGAGGCACUGGGGUUCCCCAAACUCGAGACGUCGGUCGUCGUCAUCGACCACGGCCUCGUCGGCCUCACUGCACACUCCCUCCGAUCGGUCGACAACAAUACCCCGGUCUCGUAGUUUUGAACGCCGAUCGUUUACGGGUGCUCUCAAACUACUGAUCGAAGAAAACUCGUUCAAAGACUGGGUCGAGGACGCAAAGCGCAACCCACAGUCGGCAGAGCCCAAGACGACGUCCACCCCUCGAUCAGGCAGCCUCAACGGCACGCCUGCACCCCGCCCGUCGCUCGCCCUCCCCGACACUCCAAUCACGGACGUCGAGAUUCGUCUUGUCGAGCCCACGCCGGUUCCAAGCCGCGUGGGAUCGCUCGGUGGUACUGGAAGCCAGGUCAAUUCGAUCGCCAAGCCGUCAGUGGCGUCGUUCUUGCCAGAAGGGAUUCACGAGGAGCCCGAAGCCGAGUCGAGGAAUAAUUCUGCGUCGACGUCGACGCCAAUGCCACCUCGCCGCAAGCAACAGAAUCGAUUCUUCAUUCAAACCAGCCCGGGCAAGGUCAGCGGCUCGGAUUCGUCGCAGCCGUCUUCGGCGCCCCAAACAGCCGAGCCCCAGCCGGCUCCUCAACCGCCCGCACCCACUGGCGUGUCUGCCAGCUCGCACGGUCGCAGCUCUGGUGACUCGUCUUCGGCCAUUGUUAUUCGCCCGCCCGCUCGCAAGGAACGCAGGCAUGUGACCAUGGCGAACAUGCGCGGUCGCUUCGCAGGUGAAAAGGCGAGGGCAGCCGAGGCUAUUGCCGCUCGGAACAAGAAGGAGAGCUCGGAUGACGAGGAGUGGGAGGAUGAGGAGGACGGCGGCUCUGAUGUCGACGAGGAGGAUGUCGAGGAGGAUGUCGAAGAGGAUGCCAACGGCGACGACGACGGCGAGUGGGAGGACGACGACCCGAGCACUGCCGAGCCUUCGCCAGCCCCCACCAACUUCAAGCGCAGUUCGCGAGCAACCAGGGUGGCUCUCCCUCCUCCUCCUCCACCUGCACCCACUCCGCCCAAGACGAAGAAGGAGCGCGCUGCGGAGAAGGCACGGAUCGAAGCCGAGAAGGACGCCCAGCGCAAGCGCGAAAUGUUUGCAAAGCAGCAAAUCUUUGGAGCACCAAGGACGGCGCAAAGCGAGGGGCUGAUCACGCGAACGUUCCGCUCCGGCAAAAGCAUGGUCGAUCUCACCCAGAUUGACGAAGACGACACCGGUGCGCCGUCGGCUGCGCUGCGACGGGCUCCGACGCACACCGCCCUGACGAAUCUCGGCCGAUCGCCCGCUCCGGCGCCGUCCGGUCUCGCCCGCACAAAGUCGGCAGUAGCCAUGCCUGUGCAGAGUGGAGUCAGCGUGACAUCUCGCUCGCACGUCUCAGGCACGGGCACCAGCGAAGAGAGGCGUCCCUCUGGACCCGACGGCGUCGAGAUGGAGUCGUCGGAUGAAGACAGCGAAGAUGACAACUACCUGGCGAGUUCGCAGGUUCAGCGCAAGCUGGACGAGCUCGCGGCCAAGCGGGAGAAGCGGGUCAUGAUCCCUCAGCCUCCACCCAGUGCUGUGGCCGCUGUCGGGGACAAUCUCGACGAACAGGGUGUUGUUCGGCCACUGUCGCCGACGACCAGGCGGCGAACGAUCAUCAUGCGCGAGAUGUCGGAGUCGUUGCGUAGAAAUAUCAUCUUGGAACGAGAGAAGUCAUCGGGCCGUACCAGCAACUUUGGGCAGACCAGACCCCCUCCAUCUGUCCACACGUCGAGACUGCCAACUGUUUCUUCGGCGGUGAAUCUUGCACAGUACAGCGGCCACCACGGAGGCUACGGCGCCCCGCUUCAGAGGCAGCGGUCACAGACGGCCGACGUCAAUGGGUUUGCGACGCAGCCACCUGGUGGCCUGGAGCGAACCAACUCGCAGCCCAACCUCGGCAUGAUGCAGGGCCAGCUCCGCCACCAGCAUGCGCCGCCGAGCCCCAACCUGGGCCCACAGUACCCACAGGCGUCGGUGUCGCCCGAGACCAAGCGCCGUGGACAGAAUGUCCUGGGUAGUGGGUUCCUGCGCCCCCUGACGCGCGCGUCGGCGACGAGCAGCACGACAUCGCCGACACUGGAGCGGACUCAGUCAUCGGUUGCGCUUCACACCACGACGACAACGUCGCCUCACGGCGAGCUUUCGUCGCCGUCGCCUACGCAUGGGCAGCGGACUGGAGGGCCCAACUUUGCCGCCCCAGCCAUGGUGCGGUCGUCGACAGAAGACCUGGAGCGUGCGCGGCACCGACGCGAGCUCGCACGACGAAGCGAGAACACGGACACGAGUUAUCGAAUGCACGGGUGGUAGGCGUGCCACCUCAACCAUUAAUCAAAGCAUACAGCAAGGCGAGAGAAGAAAGUCAGAAGUCAUUACUCCAUAUCGGUUAGGUUAGCAUAGGGACGGGGUGGCCGACGCCGCCCAUGUAUUUAUUAGCAUGCGUAUGCCAUGUGUGUGGGUGA